AUGGCGAAGCCGGUGUUAACCAGAAGAGAGCUAUUGGACAGAUGGAAGACCAUCGAAGAAGAAGACAAUGAUGACAAUCAUUUUUUUGACCCUUCUAAACGACGUCGUGUCCGCCAGCUCAAAGAGGAAUGGUUUUCAGAUGCAUUCAGUUUCUUGAUAUAUUUGCCAAAGGGAAACCAUAUAUGGUGUGGCUCUUGGGAUUUGAUGGGACCUCUUCUAGAGACCUUCUACAACUAUUUUAAAGAUGAGCGCCACGAUUCUCCUCUCAGGCUUCUAUGGAAGAGGAUUUCUGAGGAAAUGCGACAAUGCACGCGAUGCAUCUGCCAGCAUCAUCAAGCUGAAGAGAUGUACAAAAUGGAAUACGAGUUGAGUUCCAUAGGUCCCCUUCUUGAUGUGCUGCUGUGUCUUGAUGAAGAAAGGGUUACCCAACACCUGAAGGAGAUUAAUGCUAGAAUAUCAAGUGGAGAGUAUGAUCCAGUGCAUAACAAUGCCGAAGUUAUCAGUGUCAUGUUUGAGGUUUUGAUGUUCCCCAUCUUGUUGGAUGACCAAUCUUUGGUCACCGAGUUUCAAAUAUUUAUUGAAGCAAUUGAUAACUCUCAUGAACUGACUUUGGCUGGACAUCAACAGUAUCCGGGAAUUUACGCAUUACUUUUUCUUAAAAGCAGAAGAGCACGAUCUAUUGGCUUUCGUCUUUCUGGGUGUGUGGGAAAAUUGAGGAGAGCAUCAGACUUGGAACCUUUGCAGCCUUUGCUCAAGAAAUGCAUUAGCGUUUUGGAGACUGACAUCCUGCCAUUGACUACUGAGACUCUAAGGCCAAGGGUGCAGCUUGAGCAGCUAACUAUAUGGCUUGGAAUCAAAGGAUUGCUUGGGCUUUUAGAGCCUCCAGCAUUUGAAGAAGGGAUAUUGGAGCGUUAUCCCAUUUUUCUGAGUAUUGUACUCAAUCAUAUUAGUGAUGAUUCACUUGAAUUUUCUUAUGCAGUUAAUUGCUUGAGACUAAUCUUUGAAAUGCUUGGUUGUAAGCUUUGGUUAAGGGCUACAUUGUCUCCAAGUGUUAUGCGUAACACGCUACUGGGUCAGUGUUUUCAUACUCGAAACGAGAAAAUCCAUAAAGAAAUUUUUGAUCUUUUCCGGCCUUUUCUGCAGUCUCUUGAAGCUUUGCAAGACGGAGAACAUGAAAAGCAAAGGAGGCAUUUUAUUUAUUUUCUCCUACAUCAAGUGACUGUUAGCAGUAACUUCAGCAUUCUGAUGAGAAAAAAGGCUUGCCAGAUAGCUCUUCAAAUUGUUCAUCGUGGUUACAAGAUGAACCCACCAUGUCCACCUUUUGAAUGUGCGCACAUGUGGGGACCUUCUCUUGUGUCUUCUCUGAAGGAUUCAUCACUUCACUUUUCUCUUCGACAACCUGCCUUUGAUCUUAUCCAAACUAUUAUAGUGUCUGAUGCUGCUGCCUUAGUAACUUCAAUAAUCAACUUCCAUACACCUCCAAGUCUUGAUAGAAGCAUGUUGGCUGGGAUCAAUGAUGACGACGAUGAAGGGCUUCUGUUUCCCUGUGAUGUUGAAGAUAAGGAUAUUAGUUGUUGGAAUGAAUUCAGUGUGCAGAAUAAAAUCACCUCAAGGGAAUUGGGUUCAUGGAUGUGCAUUCCAAUGUUAUGGUCCGAUGUUUUAAUUGAAAUUGAUCCAUUAGUCCUACCGUUAUCAUUUUCCAAGGCUGUUUUUUGGGCUUUAUCCCGUUUGUCUAUGGUAGAACCUGAGAACAGCACAGAAAUAGCUCUUACUGUUAGAGAUUGGUUGACAAUCCGUGCUUCAGAAAUCUCACAUUUAUUUGGGUGGAAGGUUCCUUCUGGUUCUGACGAUGGUGCAGAUGGAACUGGAUCUAAAAACUCAACAAAAGUCUCAAAAAUGUGUAUUCCUUUAAUUAGAACAUUCAAAAGGUUAAAUGUCCAUUUCAUUGCUAAAAUGGAGCAAGGGGAGCUUCGGAGGCAGUGGACCUGGGAACCCAGGAUGGGUGAAAGCUUGAUCCUUUUGCUUGUGGAUCCUAACGAUGAUGCUAGGCAAGCAGGCAGGCGUAUCCUUGAACAAGUUUCGAACUUGCGCGGCCUUGCUUGUGGUUUGCAGUUCCUUUGCUCCUCUUCAUCUGCUCUGACUGCCAUUUUUUUAGGGUUGAGACAUGCUUUAAACCUGGUUCAGCUGGAUGCUGUUCUGUCGCAAUUUCAGACUUUACAUCACUUCUUCUUUGUUCUGUGCAAACUACUGAAGGAAGGAGUUAUAUCCACUCAGACCCCACCCGAAAAUUCUUCAGAUAACUUAGCUGUCUCAAAGUUUUCUUCUGAAGGUGGAUUUCUGCAGCCAGUCGUCUUUUCUCUGGCUGAUAAUUUUGAUGGACAUUUGUCAACUGUUGAUUCCAAUUAUUGGGACAAGUUUACUUUCGUACUGUCAGAAGUAGCAUGGCCUUCUAUACGGAAGUGCUUGGCAGAAGGGAAGGGAUUUAUGGACCACAAGAUAUCACAGAUGACUUGUAUCCGUUUACUGGAGAUCCUACCUGUUCUUUUCGAAAGGCUUCGCCCAAACUUCCGCAAAAUAUCUGGGCAUUCAAGCAUGAAGGUGGAAAAUGGAAUUGAUUUUUUGUGGCUUCAAGAUUUGGUGGAUUGGGGGAAGUCAACACUUGCAGUCGUGGUUAGGUAUUGGAAGCAGACAGUGGUUUCUUUGCUAGGUUUGCUUAAAGAAGCAUAUAGUGGUAACUCUUCAUCAGUGAUCAGAGUUAUUGAAAAAAUUAUUUCACGUGGUAGUGUUGCAAUGGAUGAAUUGUCAGAACAAGUGUCACGCCUUUCCGUUUCAUUAACCGAUGAUGGUUCUUAUAGAUUUGAGAAAACAAAUUCAAACGCAAAACCAUUUUUUUCUGAAGGCUUAUCAUUGAAGGGGAAGUUUUCAUCUGAAGACAUAGAACCUUUCCGCUUGGACAAUGCAGAUGUGGAGAUUUUGGGGUCUGCUUUCAUGGUUAACAAGAAAGACAGUGAAAAUGUGGUGGUUCUUUUGGAUGAUGAGAUGGACANAUUGAAGGGGAAGUUUUCAUCUGAAGACAUAGAACCUUUCCGCUUGGACAAUGCAGACGUGGAGAUUUUGGGGUCUGCUUUCAUGGUUAACAAGAAAGACAGUGAAAAUGUGGUGGUUCUUUUGGAUGAUGAGAUGGACAAGGAAAUAUCCACCUAUAAUGGUUCUCAUCCUGGAUCAAAUCAGUGUAUGAAAGAGUGCAAAACAAUGGCUCCUGGUGUUGCUCCAAGAGUUCCGCGUGAAGACCUACCAAAGGACACUUCCAGCAUUCACAUUUCAACUAAUCUAUUGGAUGCUUUUCAACAAACAACUCUUGUUAGUGCUGGUUCUGUUUCUCAGAAGCUGGACUCAGACACGCUGGAAGGUGGAUUAGGACCAGCUUCUUUUGUCAAGUCACAAUCUGUAGACAGUAUAAGAAAAGAAAUAAAUUCCAGAUGUGAAGUGAAUGAUUCUUUUCCAUCUCUCCAGAAAUCUAAUUUGAUGAACUUGUCUGAUAAAACUGUCAGUUCCAAAAGUAUUGAUAUUUUCCCAUGCCAGCAUGUGUCAAAUUUGAAGAAAUCAUAUGAGUUAACUUUGAGUUCCAAAAUUAUGGAGCAAGAAAGCAGCAGUAAGGUUUCAGAAAGAACUGAUAUAGACAUUAAAGAGUACGUAUGUGAAGAUAAUCCAUGCGAGUCUGCACUGAAAUGUUAUAAGCGUCAACCAUCACAUGUGACAAAACUAAGCACUGCUGGUCCUAAAAGACAAGUCAUUCAACUCAAUGUACCUGCAGAAAGUAGAUCUGGGCAUUUGCAAAGACUAGAGGGUGUGGUUAAAAGAUUCAAGCCUCCAAGGCUUGAUGACUGGUAUAAACCCAUUCUGCAGAUUGACUACUUUGCAAUGGUGGGAUUAGCAUCUGCAAGUGAAGAGGAGAAUCAAAGCAUUAGCAAAUUAAAACAGGUUCCUGUUUGUUUUCAAUCACCUGAUGAAUAUGUGGACAUUUUCCGGCCACUGGUAGUUGAAGAGUUUAAAGCACAGCUACGAAAUUCCUUUGUGGAGAUGACUUCUUCUGAGGAGAUGUGUUGUGGCAUUCUAUCUGUGCUGUCAGUUGAAAGAGUUGAUGACUUUCAUAUUGUUCGUUGUGUCCACGAUGAAGCUGAUUCUACAGGAUCUAGAACCUGUUUGGAAAAUGACCUUAUUUUGCUUACGAGGCGACCUCCGCAAACUUCCUUUUCUGAUGUUCACAUGGUUGGAAAGGUAUUUCGCUAUUCAUGCUUUUUUUUCCUGUUCUGUUCCAUUUUUUUUGGGGUCCCAGUGGGGGCGGGGGGAGUUGAAACCGUGUGCAUUUUGCGUUGUAUGUCUUAUUGUAUACCAAGGUGGUGCCAAGCUUGGAGAAUUGAUCAUGUUUGCGAUAGACAGCUGGCGUACAAAACUUGCAGUCGCAUCCUACGAACAUAUCCUAGGAUUUUACUAGUUGGACAAAUAGUUGAUAGGAGAAGAAGGAUCCAUGCAGCUGACCCCAAGAAGUUAGGGUGA